UUUCCGGUUUCGUCGGCCGUGUCGCAACAGCAGUGGCCCUGUGGCUGGUGGAGAGUACCUGAGUGAGGGGGCUCAUUGAAACUCCGGUCGUCGCGCUGUCGAGGACUGAGGAGUUCAUACAUCAAGAUGGGGUCGCAGAUGGUGCUAACCACGCUUUUCCGACUUGGAGGACUCGGUGUGAGACAAAUGGGCUACCGGGCUGCCGAUGUUCAUCGCGACCAGCUAUGUCAACGGUUGGCCAACCAGGCUGCUUUACGACGUCAUUUCUCCGCUCGUCAUUCGUCUCUGCGAAAAGAUGAUGCAGUGGACUCAAGACUGGAAAGCAGUCAGUCUUCGAAGAAGCCCCUGAUUGAACCAGAUGACGAAACGCGCUCAAUUUUGAAUGACAUUUGGCGUGACUUCGAGUGCGUGCCGCCAAAGCCGAGCCCUGCCGAAGGCGGUAGCAGCGGCAGUAGUUCGGCGCCCGCUGCCGCAACGAAAGGAGACCUGCCAAAAGAAAAAGGGACGGAUGGCCCUCGAAUCCGCAGCAUGCUGCAUUCUGCCAGGGCUAACGCCAAGAAGCUUUUUGCAGACGAAGACUCGUCGAUAAUCCUGGACUCGGCUGAGGAGCAAAGCGCAUUGCCUGAUGCUGAUGUGGAUUACAUUCCUCAAAAUAUCAAAGUUGAUCCACUUGAAGGCUUCAACUUGAAACGUGGUGAAACUGGUGUCUUUGAAGUAGAAGAGCUGGUUAACAUUCUACGAGAAGAAAAGCUGUCUGACAUAGCUGUUAUCACAGUUCCAAAGGAGAUGACGUAUGCAGACUACUUGGUUUUAGCAACAGCAAUCUCACCACGUCAAGCUCGAGGAGUGACAGAAUUUUUGCGAAAAUUGUACAAGCGCAAGAAGGAUAGCACCGACCCAACCCUGUUCAUUGAGGGUGAAGAAAGUGCUGACUGGAAAGUGCUCGACAUGGGGAAUGUGGUGUUACACGUAUUUUUGGCAGAAGCACGCAGACAUUAUGAUGUAGAGACCUUGUGGACUGUAGGGAGCCGCUAUGAUGACCUUACACAUGCAAAGGAUGAUCCAGUGUACAACCUGCUGCAGCAGCAGAUCCAACUGAUGCAGGAGAUGCAACCCAAAGAUCUUGAUGAUCGCUGUGCUCUGCAAUCUUGAUUUACCCUGCAGCAUGCUUACAUGCAUCUGUUAAGUCUGUUCACCUUGUUAUAAGUGCAACCUGUUAAUGUCAGUGUGUGUGCUUCUCCCCACAGAGUGGGCGUGUCUAGUGAAGAAUGCAGUUUGUGCUGCAUAAAUGUCUGGAAGAGUGAACAAAGCUGCUGGGGUGGAUACUGAACUGCUAUAUGAAUGAAUAAGUGCUAUUUAAGUUGAACAGCUAAGUAUUUUGUUCUCACAUAUGACUGAGCCUUCAAGACUUCUUCACAUUUUCAUUCGUGCCUAAUGUAAUUUGCCCACUGUGCAGUUUGUAGCAGUAUUGCCCAUUCCUAGCGCUUGUGAUGUUGCAGGCUGCACCAGGCUGCAAUUAAAAUAAGUGUUAAAAAGAAGCAACUGCUAACGAUUUCAUAUCAGCCACUUAUAGGCCAUAUCAACUAUGCAGGCCUGUUUACCAUGCUGUAUUUCGGACCUUAGCAUGCACCAAGCAAACAAGCUUUCUUAAUCAACCCUGUAGCUUGCAUAUUUAACUGAUAACAGCAUGCUUUCAAGAGACAGCACUUUAGCUGAAAUCAGGUUGAUUUUGAACCUCUGAAGAUUCUUAAUGUUAUGCCCUAGGACAAGUGAAUUUGGAGCAGCAGUCCUAGUACUCAAGUGUGUCACUUCAAGUUGGCAGCUGAGAGAAUAAUCAGCCCAACCCUUACUUAUAUUUAAUUGUAGAGCCCUUGAAGUACUGUUACAUGAAAUUAAUGGUUAUGGUUGGAAGUAACUGUGCAUGCUAAGGUGCCGCUACAGAUGUGUGGUCUAUUAGGGCGUGUAUCACAAGCAGCUGUGUUUGGUUGUCUGCUAGUUGUUAAACACGGGGUGAUGCUACUUGGAAGCAGGAACUUCAGGUGACAGAAUAUUGCAACUUUUUAGAUAGAGAAGCCUAGCAGCAAUCCUGCUAAGUGCGCACCAGUGGCAGUGAACUCAAUAUUUUUUGUUUACUGAAUUCAGUAUUUUUUAAUGUGUCUUUCACUAAUGUGCUGCAGUAAAGCCUUGUAAUGAAACUCAUUA